CAAGAGGAGGUCUGGGAUCAGGUCUUGUGUGAGGCGGAGUCAGCUCACAGUCUGGAGAUCUGGUCUCAGUGCUUUUACCCAGAGGGACCCAGUUCAGACCAGCACCGUGUAGACCAGAUCUCCGUCAGACCACCAUGACGUCUUCCAUCCUCUUUCUGACGAUCCUUUUAGCGGUCCCGGUGCUCUCGGUCCGGGUCUCGGCAGGUCCAGGCUGCGGACCGUGUGACCCGACUCAGUGCGCGUCUCUCCCGGAGGAGGGCUGCCCCGCCGGCUCUCUGCUGGACUCCUGCGGCUGCUGCUCCGCGUGCGCCGCUCCGGAGGGGCAGAUGUGCGGCGGCCGCCGCGCGGCAGCGCGCCGCUGCGGCCCCGGUCUGGAGUGCGUCAGGAGCGACGAGGACAAGAAGAACAAGAUGGGGGUCUGCGUCUGUAAGAGCAACUACGAGGUCUGCGGCUCCGACGGGCUCACCUACAGGAGCGGCUGCGCGCUGAAGAGCGCCAGCCUGGCAGCCGAGAAGGAGGGCAAAGGAGCCCUCAGCGUGCAGAACAAGGGCCGCUGUGCCACAGCUCCGGUCAUCGUCACUGCUCCAGGUGAGGUCUACAACGUGAGCGGCUCUCAGGUGUACCUGAGCUGUGAAGCGGUGGGGGUGCCAACACCUGUCCUCACCUGGAAGAAGGUUCUCAGUGGGAAGAAGAGGAUGGAGCUUCUUCCUGGAGACAGAGACAACCUGGCGAUUCAAACCAGAGGAGGACCAGAGAAACAUGAAGUGACCGGCUGGGUGCUGAUCUCUCCUCUGACCAAAGAAGAAGAAGGAUCAUACGAGUGUCACGCCACCAACUCUAAAGGAGAAGCCUCAGCUGUCGGAGCCAUUUACCUGGUUGAGUCCAGCGAUGACAUCGUCAAGAAAGUGACGAAGGAAGAUGAGCUGUGAUCAGCUGAUCACGGAUCAGUGAAGAUGAUUUCCACAGGAAACUGUUUUUAUAAAGUUCCAGUGAAAUUAUAAGAUUCUUGCUCUUCAUGUAUUUUUAAAUAAGAAAACAGCUUUAAUUCUAAUUGUAAGUGUACAUGUAGCUUAGUUUUGCUCAGUUUGAUGCUUUAGUUUCAGUCACCAAAGUGAUACACAAGAGACGUAACAAUCUUUUCUUUCUACAUUCAUAGUUUUAGUUUAACUCUUUUGUAUUUUAGCAUUUAUUUUCUUUUUCUAAUCAAUCAGUUUUUUUAUUAUGACGUUAAUCUGAUCACAGAUAUUAACUGUAGGAGACAAGAGAACAUUACUGAUGUAUUACUAGUGCAAAUAAAAUCUGUUGCAUGCAGAUGGUCAUCUGUAGAGAUGUUCUCAGAUCAGUUCAUAAAAAAGUAGAAAUGAUUUCUUCAGUUUGUUGAUGGAAACUGAAAUUAUGUUUUAGUAUUUCUCUGUAUAAAAUAAAACGUCUUUAACUCUA